CACCACUGUAAUAGUAUGUCACAGGUGGCCUAGUCUACAAGAAUGUUGUUAAACCAUCCAAACCUGUUUUGAUCUACUUUCUAUUUCACCUGACACACAAAUUAACAUCUUUCCUUCGUCGUCUGCUGGGCUUCGUCGUGUCGGUAUAGGAGUAAAGAGAGGAGCAGGAUUAUCAACUAUGGCUUCAGGUGACUCUCUCCAUCUCUCAGAGCUGAGGAUUGUGCUGCUGGGGGGGAAACUUGCAAGGAAGAGUUCAUCAGGAAACACCAUCCUGGGCAGAGAGGAGUUUGACCUGAGGCCAGCUGCUCAGUCUGUGAAGAGACAGGGAGAAGUAGCAGGGAGGCAGGUCACUGUGGUCGACACUCUAGGAUGGUGGAGGAAUGACCCUGUAGAGAGUACUACUGAGCUGGUUAAACAGGAGAUAGUACGCAGUGUGUCUCUGUGUCCUCCAGGACCCCACACUCUCCUCCUGGUCAUACGGCUGGAUGUCUCAUUCCUAGAGGAAGAGAGAACAUCAGUAGAGGGACACCUGCAGCUUCUCGGUGAGAGAGUCUGGAGUCACACUAUAGUGCUGUUCACCAAUGGGUACUGUCUGGGAGACACAACCAUUGAGCAGCACAUUGAGACAGAAGGGAAGGCCCUCCAGUGGCUUGUUGAGAAAUGUGGGAACAGGUAUCAUGUCCUCAACAAUGAGAACAGGGGUGAUGACACUCAGGUCACUGAGCUGCUGGACAAGAUGGAGGAGAUGGUGGCAGGAAACAGAGGAGGCCACUAUGAGAUGGACAGAGAGAUCCUGGAGAAGAUAGAAGUAUGGAGAAGACCAAAAGAAACUAGGGCAAAAAAGAGGGAGGCUAAGGUGAUGAAGCAGAGAGAAAUCCACAGAACAUUCGUCAGUGACUCCCUCCAUCUCUCAGAGCUGAGGAUUGUGCUGCUGGGGGGGAAACUUGCAAGGAAGAGUUCAUCAGGAAACACCAUCCUGGGCAGAGAGGAGUUUGACCUGAGGACAGCUGCUCAGUGUGUGAAGAGACAGGGAGAAGUAGCAGGGAGGCAGGUCACUGUGGUCGACACUCCAGGAUGGUGGAGGAAUCUCCCUGUAGAGGACACUACUGAGCUGGUUAAACAGGAGAUAGUACGCAGUGUGUCUCUGUGUCUUCCAGGGCCCCACACUAUCCUACUGGUCAUAGCCUUGGAUGUUGCAUUCAGAGAAGAAGAAGCCAAUUCAGUAGAGGGACACUUGCAGCUUCUCAGUGAGAGAGUCUGGAGUCACACUAUAGUGCUGUUCACUUGUGGGGACCGUCUGGCAGACACAACCAUUGAGCAGCACAUUGAGACAGAAGGGAAGGCCCUCCAGUGGCUUGUUGAGAAAUGUGGGAACAGGUAUCAUGUCCUCAACAAUGUGAACAGGGGUGAUGACACUCAGGUCACUGAGCUGUUGGACAAGAUGGAGGAGAUGGUGGCAGCAAACAGUGGAGAUGUGUUAUACCCUGAGAUGGACGGCAGUAGAGAAAUGAACUGGAGUUCUGAAGAGUAUCAGACGUCACGACUGCCUGUGAAAAGAGCCAGGAGCAAUGACUUCCUCCCUCCAAGCAUGAGUGGAGACAGCAGAGCUGAGAGAGACGAUGAUUCUGGUUGGAGAUCUGAAACUGAAUCACUGCUGAGCCUUGAGAAGUGGAGAGAUGGUAGAUCUGAUCUCCUGUUUCAGGAGAGCUCUGGCUACGGCUCCCAGACCUCCAGACUUUCUCACCACAGCUCAGGGAGGACUGAGCACGCUCAGAAAGGCUCUGCAGAGGAGCAGCUACGCUCUGCAAGACUGGUGUUUGUGGAGCGAGUGACGAUGCCUGUUCUGGAUGAUCUGCUGGAUGGACUUCUGCAGGAGAGGGUGAUCAACGAUGCUGAGAUGGAGGCAGUGAAGGUGGAGGCAGUGAGGAAGGACAGAGGACGGGUCAUCAUCGACAUGGUCCUGAGGAAAGGAUCUCCCUCAUGUUUUGUGAUGAAAACUAUGUUGGCUAAAUAUGACCCUGCCUUAUACACAACUCUUGGCUUCCAAUUAGUGCACACUUUCACUUUCGUUUCUUUCCUUCGUCAUGCGAGGCUUCGACUUUUUGGUUUGGGAGUAAAGACGCGAGAAGGAUUAUCAACAAUGGCUUCAGGUGAGUCCCUCCAUCUCCCAGAGCUGAGGAUUGUGCUGUUGGGGUGGAAUGAUGCAGGGAAGAGUUCAUCAGGAAACACCAUCCUGGGCAGAGAGGAGUUUGACCUGAGGACAGCUGCUCAGUGUGUGAAGAGACAGGGAGAAGUAGCAGGGAGGCAGGUCACUGUGGUCGACACUCCAGGAUGGUUGAUGGGUCUCCCUCCAGAGAGGAAUACUGAGCUGGUUAAACAGGAGAUAGUACGCAGUGUGUCUCUGUGUCCUCCAGGACCUCACACUCUCCUCCUGGUCAUACGGCUGGAUCGAUCAUUCCUAGAAAAACACAGAAGAUCAGUAGAGGGCCACCUGCAGCUUCUCAGUGAGAGAGUCUGGAGUCACACUAUAGUGCUGUUCACUCAUGGGGACUGUCUGGGAGACACAACCAUUGAGCAGCACAUUGAGACAGAAGGGAAGGCCCUCCAGUGGCUUGUUGAGAAAUGUGGGAACAGGUAUCAUGUCCUCAACAAUGAGAACAGGGGUGAUGACACUCAGGUCACUGAGCUGCUGGACAAGAUGGAGGAGAUGGUGGCAGCAAACAGUGGAGAUGUGUUUUACUCUGAGAUGGAGGGCACUAAGUAUCAGACGUCACGACUGCCUGUGAAAAGAGCCAGGAGCAUGGACCUCCAUCCAAUGAUGAGUGGAGACAGCAGAGCUGAGAGAGACGAUGAUUCUGAUUGGAGAUCUGAAGCUGGAUCAUGGCGGAGCCUUAAGAAGUGGAGACAAAGUAGAUCUGAUGUCCCGUCUCUGGGGAGCUCUGACUACGGCUCCCAGACCUCCAUACUUUCUCACCACAGUUCAGAGAGUAACCCACACAGAUCUCCACACAGCAGAUUAAACCCUGAACCUGCACACAGCAGGGAACCACAAGGACCGACGUCACCACUGCCUGUGACUGGAGCCAGAAGAAUGGACUUCCCUCCAAGCAAGUGGAGAGAUGGUAGAUCUGAUGUCCUGUCUCUGGGGAGCUCUGGCUACGUCCUGGAUGAUCUGCUGGAGAGGGUAAUCAACGUUGCUGAAACCUCCUUCAAGGUGGGACAGAUCCUGACCGUCACAGGGGUCCCCAACCCAAACUGCGAUAGAUUUUCCAUCAACGUUGGUGACAGUGUGGACGACAUCGCUCUGCACAUGGACGUCUGCUUCAAUUAUGCAGAUACACAGAAGCAGGUGGUGUUCAACUCCUGCCAUUCAGGGACAUGGCAUUGGUACCAACACAUUGCCAAAGGCUUCCCCUUCAACUAUGGAAAGGAGUUCAAAGUAUCCAUCACCUUCACAAAGGAACAGUUUUUGAUCACCCUUCCUGAUGAAUCAGAGAUCCAAUUCACCAAUCGCCACGGAGACCCGAAGUAUAGCUACAUAUUCUUCAGGAAGGUCAACAUCCAUGGGAUUGAAGUCAUCUAGACCAGUGGCUCUCAACGGGGGUGGGGGUGGGGGGGGGGGGGUACUCUGUUUAUUUUGGUUGGUCUUCAAGUAGAAUGUAUAAAAGAACCUGCGUACCCUCUCUCUGCAUCCUUCCUCUGUGUCUGCUAUGUGUGGCGAGAGCUGGAGCAGCACCUCCCGUUGUCAUCUAAUCUAUCUAAACAGAUCAUAGAUCUAAUAUAGAAUAGAUCAUCAUUAGGCUAUAUUGAAUAUUAUAUAUUAUUUUCUUGACUGAUGUGCCAAAUAUUCUUCCAUCUGCAGGGCCUUCUCAUGCUCUGGGAGAUUGUGGAAUGUUUCACAUUUCCUGCAGGCAUCCUUCUUCGGGAUGUGAAAUGCAAUGUUGAACUCACCGGUGAACAUGUUACUGAUUAUGCUUUCUGAUUGGUCCUGACCUAAUACACAUAUUAGUUUAGGCUAAUCUGCUUUUCCAACUCGUUACUUAUCAGUUGUUUAGAAUGACCAGAUGUUGUGGAUCUAUAUAAGACUGGGUGUGUAUUCAAGUCGGUAUCACUCAGCUGGAUGACACUAGCAAUACAUGUCCUGCAGUAGAUCGAUCACAGAGCGCUCUGUUAAGUAGUGUACUGUACAGAAUAAAUCAUUUGUAUUAAUCCGGCAUCCUGACUAUUCAAGUACACAGUGUCUUCAGAAUUUCCUUGACAGUUUUGGUGUCAGAAGUGGGUUGAUCAGUGUGUUGACCUGAUGCUGUCGGGGAGAGAAGAUGGUGGAGAUCAGAUCCGAGUUUGUGUGUACAUUUACAUUUAUUCAUUUAGCAGAUGCUUUUAUCCAAAGCGACUUCCAAGAAAGAGCUUGACAAAAACUGCAUAGGUCUUGUGUGUAUUAAGUUUUGAUUAGAGUGUUGCAGUCCUUAUAAAACUCUUAACAUAGCAUAACAUAAAUUGUUAAUCAUUUUCAUUUGUGCUAUAUCUUGUAUGUUUUAUAGCCUAUAAGUUAACUUCCAAAAAUGUUUCACUUGUUAGCCACGGGUUAAUAACUAUAACAAUCAUAUGGUCUGACUGUAUUCCAGUAAACACAAUAAACAAAUACA